GGUAAGGCGACAAGAUGGCGGAGUCUCAGGAGGAAACAGUUCGUAAAAGGCAGCGAAUGUCCAAGGUUUGGGAUCAUUUCAUACUUAAAAAAGAAGAUAGAAAAGUGCAAUGUGUCUACUGCAACGUAGACCUUGCGUACCACAACAGCACGACUGUGAUGAUGCAACAUCUGAUCCGAAAGCAUCCCGUUAGCGUUAGCUCAACAAGCAUUGCCUCUGACACAAGCACAUCACAGCGGCCCAUAGACGGCGUUGUUCGCCCAACUCCAUCAUGCACUGUUGAAGAAGCUGACUUGCUAACAGAGAGCAUUUUGAAAAUGCUGGUCACUGAUAUGCACCCAUUGUCCAUGGUGGAGGACAAGGGAUUUAAAAAGAUGAUUUCAGCUUUCAACCCGAACUACAGCAUGCCAUCAAGACUUCAUUUCACAAGUCUAAUGGAGAUGAAGCACCAACAAAUAACAGAGAAAUUGAAAACUGUCCUUCAGGACAUGGAGUGUGUUGCAUUGACCAUUGACAUCUGGACUAGUGAUGCCACAGAGGGUUAUCUCAGGGUGGCCUGUCACUUCCUGGGGGAAGAUUGGGAGAUGAAGUCCUUCUCUCUAACAGCAAUGCCCCUCAAAGAGAGUCACACAGCUGCCAAUAUUGCAGAUUGGCUGGAGGAGACAACUGACAAAUUUCAUAUUCCAUUCCCUAAGGUGAAGGCAGUUAUCCAUAAUAAUGGGGCCGAUGUGGUGGCAGCAGCAGUCAUUUUGAAGGAAAGGCAUGGCUGGGCUUCUGUGAGGUGCUCCGGGCACACACUGAAUUUAGUUGUACAGAGCACACUUACAAACUGUAAAACCAUUGCCAAUUGUGUGGCUUCUGCGAGAACCCUGGUUGAACACAUCAAGAAGAGUGAACUGGCCUGUACCAAACUUAGAGAGAAGCAGCAACAAAUGGGAAUGCCAACAAUAAUGUUGAUUCGGGAUGCAAGUACGAGGUGGAACAGCACGUAUCGCAUGUUGUCCAGGCUCCUUGGACAAAGAUGGCCCGUGACUGCAGCGCUUUCUGAUCCUGCAGUCAAUUCAAGUGCCGAACACCACCACCCGGAUCUAAAGCCAGAGCAUUGGAACCUCAGUGAGGAGCUGACUCGGGUCCUUGGGCCAUUUGAAAGAGUAACAGAGUUUCUGCAUGGGGAACAAUACGUUACUCUCUCUGCUCUUCCACAGCUAGUCCACAACCUAAAGAAAGUCACACUGAGUUCAACAUUUGAAACUGCCUCAGUAACUGCAUUCCAGGCUCAAGUGGCAGAACAGAUCACAGAGAGUUGGCAAGAACUGUUUUUAUUUCAACCUGAAGCUCCGAACACUGUCGUCCUGGCUGCUGCCUUGGACCCAAGGUUUAGAAAACUGAAGUUCUUGCCUGCUGAAGAUGUGUUUAAGGUCCAAAGUACAAUUCAAUCCAUGGCACUAGCUGUUAAAAAGGAAGAAAGGUGGUUAAAUGAAAGCGGAAAUGAAGCCACCACCACAUUAGAAGGCCAUUCAGCUCCCAAAAAAGAUGGCUCAUUCGUCAACAGUAUACUGGAUUCGUCAUCAGACUCCAACACCAGUGAUGAGGAGGGUGAGGAUGAGCAGCUAAGUCAAGCGGUGCAGAAGGAAGUCUUUCUGUAUUUUGGAGAACAUCCUCUCUCCAAGAAGGAGAAUCCAUUGCCGUGGUGGAAAACAAAUGCAGCACGAUAUCCGACCCUGGCAAAGCUGGCAAAGUCUUUUUUGGGUAUCCCAGCAACAAUGACACCAUCAGAGCGUUUGUUCUCUGCUACUGGGAACAUUGUCUCAAAGCGCAAGGCCAGUCUUAGUUCUGAGCAUCUUGAUAUGUUGACUUUUCUCCAUUGUAAUCGUAUGCUCUUGUAAAAGCUUGCAGUUGCACAGAAAUGCAUCAAGAAAAAACACACUCUUGUCUCGCUCUCACACAAACAUACACAUGCUCACAGCCCCUAACUACCUCAUCUAGGUACCUUUGGAAGUUGGUUUUGUGAUUACAGCUACUAAGCCCAAAUGGCAUGGAAUUUAAUUUGUA